AUGGGGCACCCCAACGUGCCCCCGGCGCACAAGUACAGCCGAUCCCAGCGGGACAAGCCCCGAGGCGGCCAGCUGCAGCCCUACAACCCCCCCAACGACAGCUUGAACAACGCCCUGGGAGCGAUCCGGGUUCUGGGUCUGGAGCUGCUGGAGGACGAGCUCAGACCUCACCUGAACACGGUGCUGAGCAACAUCAGGGAGAAGAAUAAAGGCGCUGCCGAGCAGGUCGUCAUCAGUGGAAUCCUGCCGAUCCUCUCCGUGUCUCUGAGGAGCCGCGGGCGUCUCACCGUGCUCACCGCCAAGCUCGUGGCUGAACUGGCCAAAGAGUCCGUGGUCCGGAAAGGGUUCGGCGACGCCGGCUUGGUCACGGCUCUGCUGUCGGUGCUGACCAGCAGAGACCAGGAGCUGCUGAUUCACGCCGCCAGGGCCAUCUCGCGCCUGUCCUACGACAGCUCGAAGCAGCAGGAGCUGCUGCUCCGCCGGGGGGCGGUCCCCCGCCUCGUCGCCAUCCUGCUGCGCUUCCCGGACGGCGCCGAGCUGGAGGAGGCGUGCCUCCAGGCCCUCUGCAACCUGAGCGGCGUGGCGGUGUCGGAGGAGGCGGGGCUGGCGUGGGAGCGCGGGGCGUCGGUGAGGCCGGGGGAGGCGGUGUUCCACGGCGUCUCGCCUCACACCUGCGGCUUCGCCUCCUCCGUCAUCCUGCUGAGGGCGUCCCAGUUCGGGCCCGGUCAGUACGCCGUCAACAUCGAGGUGUUCCAGCGCUGCUCCUCCUCCUUCUGGAGCCUCCACGGGAACCGGCGCACGGCCGGCUGCUUCCCCUUCUCCGGCUGGGGCGGCUGGCCCAACCUCUACAAACUGAUGAAGUUCUCCACCAAGAGCGGCCCGAGAUCCCGGAGCCUGAAGAUCCGCGUCUUUCACACGCUGCUCUGA